AGAUCAGUGCAGUCCUUAGAAACCACUGGCAUACUUGGGUGGAUCAAACCUGUUGAGGUUUGUCUUCAAACAGUAAGCUGAGAUGGACUAUGAAAACCUGCUUUAUGCUAGGAAGAAAAAACUGUACAGACUGUUUGCUGUGAGCUUCGGAAUCCUGUGUAUCCUGCAAGCUGCUGUGAAUAUUUCACUGCGUCUUGCUCUCUAUUCAGAUUUCGAAGCCAUUAUUAAAAAUCUGACUGAAGAGGGAGAAAAUUGGAAGAGGAAGCGGAGAACCUUCAAUCAUUACUCCCAACAUGGAUGGGUUUAUUUCAACCACAGCUUCUAUUACAUUUCUUCUAUUGGCAAGUCCUGGCAAGAAGGUAGAGAUGACUGUCAGCAAAGAGGCGCAGACCUGAUAAUUAUUAACAACAAAGAAGAACAGGACUUUGCAAGAAAAUUCAAACGGCGCACAUGGAUUGGACUGACUGACAAAGAGAUAGAGGACUACAAAUAA